UUAUUGUGUCAGGUGGAGGAGCUCCGCGCUGCUUUAUGAACAAACGCCAACAAUUGGAUUCGUUUUCGGGGCAAAGGAGGCAUUCAGGUUCGGAGCGGCUCUCACACUAGUUGUUCUGGUUCGGAGAGCCUGAGAAGCGGCUCUGACCUUGUUUUUAGUGGACUUGGAAAGCCCAGGAGAGUGGGAAAGUUUAUUUCAUCUUCGACUUUCUGGCAUUCGUCAUGUUCCGAUAGAGACCAGAAUCCGCAGCGGCCAACAUGCUGAGGCGUCUCGACAAAAUCCGGUUUCGGGGCCAAAAACGGGAGGAGUUCCUUGACCCGACCGAGUCGCCCAACACAUCGGACACAGAAUGCAGUGACGACGUCGCGAUGAAAAUACGCUGCUUGCCCAAAGAGCAAGAAGAGCUGAGAGAACCUGAGUUAGAACAGCAGAUGGAAGCCCAGGCUGGUCCUGGGUCAUUUCUGGCAGGUGUUCAAGAAGAGCCAAAGACAGAUUUGAACGAAGUGAAGGGCCUUCUAGAAAUCGCUUUGUUAGAAAAACACUUCUUAAAGGAGGAGCUGAAGAAACUGAAGGAUGAGUCCCACAUAGAUUCACUGAAACAAGAACUGGAGAAAGAGCGAUGCAAACGUAUUGAGCUGGAACAGAAGGUCAAUGAGGCCGUAAAAUUAGGAGGUGAGGAUUCCCCAUCUCAGUCAAGAAAACCUCCAUCCCCCCAGCCUUCUCUAAGCAGCAGUACAGAAAAACAUAAACAGACUCUAUGGAGCAACUUCCUGAAAUGGCUUUACAAUCGUUUCGGAGUUUACAUUGAAGACUUCCGCUUCCAGCCGGAAGAGACAACUGUGGAGACGGAGGAGCCACUAAGUGGACGGAGGCUGACUGAAAACAUGAGACGCCUCAAAAGAGGGUUCAGACCUGUGACAAACUUCAUGAGGAACCUGUCUGCCUUAUCCAGUUGGUACUCUGUGUACACGUCUGCCAUUGCCUUCAUUGUGUACAUGUAUGCAGCGUGGCAUGGCUGGGCCAUCCCCAUGUUCCUGUUCCUCGCAAUUCUCCGCCUUUCCCUGAAUUAUUUCAUUUCCAGAGGCUGGAGGAUCCAGUGGAGCAUCGUGCCUGAAGUGUCUGAGCCAUUGGAACCUCCAAAAGAAGACUUGACUGUAUCUGAGAAGUUCCAGUUGGUUCUCGAUGUUGCUCAGAAAGCUCAGAAUCUUUUUGGAAGGAUGGCCAACAUCCUUGAGAAGAUAAAAAAUCUGUUCAUGUGGGUCCAGCCAGAGCUGACUCAGAAGCUCUACAUGGGGCUGUGGGUGGCCUUUAUCUCCUCGUGCCUGUUGCCUUACCAGCUGCUGGGCUUCUUCAUAGGUGUUUAUUUAGGUAUCAAGUUCUUCAUCAUCGACUUCAUCUUUAAAAGUUGUCCCAAGCUACGGCAGCGCUUUGACACCCCCUACAUCAUCUGGACCAACUUACCCACUGACCUGCAACUGAAGGAGCGCAACAACACCACCCUGAGCAGACGGGUUGCCCCAGCAGGGGGCCGAGGGAGCGUUGGCAAUGCUGCUCCUCUCGGUGCCAGCAGAGAAGAAGAUGGCGGCCGAUACCACAGCACAAAAAGAGGAGCUUUUCACGAGGUUUUCAGCCUUCCGGAGAGUGAGCGCCCCCUGUCAGUGUGUGAGAACGGCUGGCGCUGCUGCCUGAUCAAUAGAGACAGGAAGACACCAACAGACUACAUCCGUCACGGAGUCCUGUAUGUUACAGAGAACCACUUGUGUUUCGAGAGCUCCAGCUCAAGAUCCGGUUCUUCAAAGAGGAAUAAAGUCAUCAAACUGACCGACAUCAUUGAAAUCCAAAAAUAUAAGGUUUUGUCAGUGCUACCUGGUUCAGGGAUGGGGAUCUCCAUAGCAACGCCUACCACCCAAAAGCCGUUGGUGUUUGGCGCCAUGAUGCACAGAGACGAGGCGUUUGAUGCCAUCUUCUCCCAGCACUCAAAGAUGGUUGAAAAAGCUCGAGCCAAAAAUCCAGAGACGUAGUGUGGGGUCGUCCUCAGCGUACUGUUAAGAAUCUUUGUUGCUGUCCUUCGCAGCAUGUUUUUCAAAGUGACUUAAAGUACUCCAGUACAGCCAGUUCCCUGCUGUUGCAGGCGAUCCACUGUCUGUGCAGUCUGGAUCAGCAGAACCUCGUCUUUUGUCUGCAUAUUGCAAGUGCAAUGUGACUCUGGAGCUGAGUACACACGUGCUGAUGAGACUGCAGGUGGUUUCAAAUUCAGCUGUGCAGGGUCCUCCUCAAGACGGCAUCCUUAAACCACUAGAACAGUUUCCUUCUUCAACAGUGAUUUUUUUUUUAGUUUUUUUAAACACAUUCUGUCCUCUUGAUUAGACUUCUGCUCUGUUGUUUAUAUUCAGAUUCAGGGUGAUGUAAAUACUUUAAAUUAGGGAUUUUUUUUCUCCCUUUUUAGGAGAAUGGAUUUAGUUGGAGGUAUCAUAGUGUGUAGGUGUAUUAGCCACCCAGUUUGAAACCUUUACAGGUUCACGAUGAUGUUUUAGCCAAUGUUUCUGGUCAUGUCCAUUUUAGGAGUUAUUGUUCGUUCAGAUACCAGGAGGAUUUCUAUGUUUUAUCUGCUUUAAAAUCCACAGAACCAGGACCUGCUCCAGUCGUCCGUUUACAGAGCUGCACAAUAAACAAAAGGUUAAAAUGGGUACAGGAACAUGUCAGCAGUUUUCUCAGUAAAUAUAUUUCUAAUAUUUCUUGCUGAGAUGAAAUUCAUACAAGAUUCUAUUCAUUUCAGCUCGUUUAAAUCGUUUCCCAACAAGCAUUUUCUCAAUGCACUUUGCAAAAAAGAGUUAAUUCACCCUCAACAUUAAGACGGAUUCCAAUUUGAUCGUAGAUAUCAAAAAACGCUGUCAGGUUUGGGUUAUUUUUUUAAGCUGGUAAAAAGUUUUCUAUCUGGAGAAACCUGACUUCAUUCAUUCACUCCUGAUGAAUGAGGAGUGAAUGAAUGAAGGAUGAAUUGAGAAAUGUACUGGAACUUUCUCGAUUAGGAUCUGAAGAUGAAAUUAUUUUUGGAUUUCCAAGAAACACACCAAGUCAAACCCCGAGAAAUUUCAUGUUAGUACAUUAGGAACAUUUUUACUGAGAAAAAACCCCACUUGUAUCAAAUCACAGUUGCCAUCACAAUAUGAAUGUGUGCCAUAAUGCAAUCCCAAAGUGCUGCUUAAAUUCCAUAUUUAGGACACUAUAAUAUUUUACGUGUUACGUAUUUGUGCUCCACAUGCCUCUUGACAGAUUCACUCAGAAGAACAUUCACGACUGCUGGCACAAACACCUGAUGAAAAAUGUAUUCCUAAAAUGAUGUUUACAGAGAUGGAAGCAGACAUAACCAAUAUUCAACAAUAAUAACUCAUCUUCUGUCUCCCUGUGCUGCAGCCAUGUCUGCUUGUGCUGAGCUGUCACAUCAGUGUAGUUAGCUCGUUGCUUGGAGAAGCAUUCUAGAUCAAAUAUUUCAAACUCAUAAAAAAGUAAAGGCUAAUACCUCAACCACUGUUCAUUUCGACGGCAUAUUUUGAAUAAAUUUUAGUCUUGAUCUGAAUUUAGGCUCAACAAAAACUGCACUUCAUACUGGAUUAGUUACGAGCUGCAGAUGAUUCUAUCUUACGGGAAGACGCAAACACAAUCAACCCCACAUCAACGCCAUGAGGUUUAAGAAGCGCAUAUAAAGUGGAAGAGCCUUGAAGGGGCAGUAUUAUGUAAAAUUGACUUUUUUUUUAGUUUUACAUCAUGUUAUAAUAUUAAUCCCUCAUCAAAAUCAUACCUGGAGUGUUGCUUUGAUUUUUUUUUUAAGCAUAUUUGAGAAAUCCUUCAAUCUUCAGUGGCAGCCAUUCAGCUGGUGACGGUUCAGCAGUGACGAAAAUCACGGGCCAAUCAACAAAUACAGUCCAGUGUGAAGUAAAUCACUGGGGCAGAACCGGUUAAAGCCACAUCCAUAGAGAAAGGCCUUUAAGUGUUGAACUCUUUGCAUAGACUGGCAGCAAUCUUUAAAAUAUGGACUUUAUCUCACUCAACCAAAAAGGAAAAGAAACUCUGGGUUUAUUGUAUGUUUUUAAAAUUUCUUUCUUUUCUCCUAUUUAUUUUUUGCCCCAAACAUAACCCUGUUUUUCAGACUGGACUAGUCAAUGUUAGGUGCCUCUUUGUACAGUAUGUCAUCAAAAUGGAAACACUGAUUUGUUGAAUAUGUAAAAAUAAUAAAAAAUUACUAGUGAAAACGGUCACACCGUCCUGUUAUGGCAUGGUCGACCCUCCUAGCAGGCAUGCCCCACACUUUGAGAAACCCUGUGGACUGUGGAGCUGGACACUGGGCCACUGUUGAGGAAUGCUGGUUGUCUGAUGUUUAAGAGGACAGCUUUCAUCCUGAUACGUUUGGAUCAGGAAGGCAACACUCAGUCUAGAACAUCAAGGACUUUUCCCCUGCAGCUUCAUGACACCAUAUGUCUGUGUGAGAGCAGCUGAUCAAUCUUAGAACACUACUCAGAUAGCAGCAUCAACUUAAUCCAAUAAAAGCAGAAAGAGUGUACUAAUGUUUUUCAACCACAGUUUUCCAUUUUGGCUUUUCUCUUUAAUUAAUAAUGAGACGGUAUAAUCUGUUGACAUUUAAUAAUUUAGAACGGUUAAUUUUUCUUAUCUCCUGAAACAUAACUGAAAGAGGUUAUAUUUUUUCUUUACCAAGACUCUACGUGUCCCCCAUAAUACUCCUUAGGUUGUAUUGUAAAUAGGAAUAGGAAACAUGUAGUUAUUUUUUUUCAGCUGUUUCAGCUUUAAUCUGAAUUUCAGAAGUGUUAGGAUGUCUGGAUGUCUUUACAGAGGACUGGGACUGUGAGGAUGGGAAGGUCACAGCCAACAUUUGAUCAUGUUCUUUUGUUCUAAAUGAUUACAUAUACACAGGAAUUCACUUUAAAUACAUAGGUUAGAUCACAACAAAUGUGCAGUACAACUUUAAAUAAAACAAUCUUUUCAGUGUACUGAGUUGUGUAGGUUUAGGUUAAAUGAUCUAAUCAGAAGUCACUAAUUAAAAAACACAGUUAUUUGGUUUUUUUAUUAAAAUCACUGGCAAUAAGAAAUGUAAAUUUUGUUCAUUCUGACUGCUAAAAGUACGUUUUUAUGUAUUGCUUUGUGUUGAGAAACGUGAGGGACAACUUUUUAAACGUGCACCAAUGAAACGGCGCCUCCUACAGUUGCAUAGUGUCAUGUUUAUCAGUGGGUUCAUCUGUGAAAAUGAAAAGAUGGGACAUUUCAGAGGGGCGAGGGAAGGACUCAGUCAUUGAUGAAAAAAUAGGAAUAUGAAGUUAAAGCAAAAAUUUUGUUCCGACGAAAAGGUUCAAUGUUUAUGUUUUAAAAUAAGAAUAAGAGCGACAAUGUUUCCUGUGUUUUUGCUACCAGUUCCUGAUGAGAAGAUGUGAUUACAUGACAUACAUGAAUCAGUGAUAUUUCUAUGCCUUAUGUCUGGUUUUCUUGAGCAAAAUUAGAUUUUUUUCCUGUUAGUUUUAAUUUCCCUGGUUUUCCAGGUAAAAAAAAAAAAAGACAAUUCUCAGAUGCCAGUUUUUACUUGAACGCCUCGUUGCCUCGUUGAGACAUUAUUCUCAGACUUCCUGGUUUAGUGUUAAAACUUACCGCACUUUUUUUGUGUGCUCUAGAGUUUUAAUAUUGUGUAUAAUAAGUCUAUAAUAUUUAAUGUGGUUAAACGUGUUUGUCUGGUGGUUUGGGGUUUUAUAUGUUGUAAUGAUUGAAACUGAGUAACAUUUUGUAAUGGAUCCAUCUCUGUGGUAAAAACGUGUACGUUUUUGUAUUUAAGUAAAAAUGGAAAUUCUGCACACACA